AGAGCACUCCCACAGAGGGUAUCAAGGAGAGUGGACUAAGAUGAGGACCAUCUCCCUGCUUCUGUUGGUUGCAGUAGCAGCUGCGGCAGAGUCUCACAGUGGGAACUCUCAGAGCCGUGCGAAGCGGGAGCUGUUGGUGCGUUCGAAAAGAAGGUGGGUGUUAUCUACGCUUGAAGUAACAGAAGAGGAACCCGGUCCAUACCCAAAAAAACUUUCGCAGAUGUUCAAUGACAAGUCAGAUCAUGUGAGGAAACACCAUAAGUUCCGUAUAAGUGGAAUGGGAGUGACUGAGAAGCCGCUGGGAGUGUUCUCCAUUGAUGAAAAUGAUGGAGUCGUCUCUGUCCAUAAACCUAUCGACAGAGAGGAAUAUGAACUCUUCCAUAUCAAGUUUGACAUCUUGGACAGAGAAACGGGUGAUAGAAUAGAUAGGGAACUAGCUUUUGACAUACAAAUAAAGGACAUCAAUGACAACCCACCUACAUUUUUCCAACCUCAAAUCCAAACCGAUGUGAAGGAAAAUACGCCAGAGGGGUACUUGUCAGUGCAGCUACAAGCCUUGGACAGAGAUCAGAAGAACACACCUGCAUCUGAAGUCACUCUCAGUGUGAUUUCACAGCAGCCGCAAGAGCCCAAGUUUGAUGUGGAUCAGGUUGAUGACAGGAUGGCCCAGCUCAAAUUUGAAGGGUGUUUUGACUAUGAUAAAAUAAAGACGUAUCAAAUUGUUGUUCAAGCAACAGAUAAAGGAGAAAAACCCCUUUCCUCCACUGCUGUUGUUACUCUCAAUAUUGUUGACACAAACACUCAUGCACCAACGUUCAAGGAAACUACGUACCAAGGUGAGGUGUUAGAGUCAGCCAUCCAACAUGAUGUUUUGAGAAUUGCGGUGGAGGACAAAGACACUCCUAACACUCCGGGCUGGCGAGCCAAAUACUUCUUCAUUAAAGGGAAUGAGGAAGGAAACUACAAACUUGAAACUGACCCAGAGACAAAUGAGGGUAUUCUGAGUGUCAUCAAGGGGAAGGAUUUUGAGCGGACGACUUUUACCGACCUGCAGAUCGGAGUAGAGAACGAGGAGCCCUUAUUUGUUUGUAAAGAUAAAUCAACUGGCAAAGCCACGCCUCCACCUCCAAAUUCAGUCAGUGUCACAAUCAAAGUUAUUGAUGUCAAUGACCCGCCUGAGUUUGAGAAAGAAACAGCAAACGUGUACCUGAAGGAAGAGGACAUGCCAGGAAAGGUGCUGUUCACUCCAAAGGUCCAUGAUGUUGACUCAACCAGCAUCAGGUAUGUGCUAUUACAAGAUCUGGCUGACUGGGUGGCCAUUGAUAAGGAAACAGGACAAAUCAAAUCAACUAAGAAAAUGGACAGAGAGUCAUCCUUUGUUGAUAAGGACAACAUUUAUAAAAUCCUCGUCGGUGCCAUAGAUGAUGGUGAGCCUCCAGCUACAGGUACAUCCACUGUCCUGGUCCACCUGAGCGAUAUCAAUGACAACGUGCCUAAGCUGGUCAACAAGAGCCUCAUUAUGUGUGGAAACAAGGCUAACAAGGUCAUGUUGCUUGCCAAGGACCUAGACAUCCAUCCUUACAGUGGACCCUUCACCUUCUCCCUGGGGGAUGAUGACCAAAAUUUAGAGCAGAGAUGGAAACUACAACCUGCCUUUGGUGAGGAAGCUGGCCUAGUUAGCCUGAAGACACUCUAUUACGGCAACUACUCAGUGCCUCUGGUGAUUCAGGACCAACAGGGCAUGAGUGGACAUGAAACUGCGGAACUGAUGGUGUGUGACUGUGGAGAAACACGUGUUUGCCUCGGUAGAGCGCCGCUCUCAUCAAGCCUUGGGCCAGCUGCUAUCGGACUGAUUUUUGCAGGAUUGCUCUUGUUUUUGUUACUGCUACUCCUCUUUAUGUGUGAGUGUGGAAGAAAGGGGAUAAAUCAACUCCCCAUGGUGCAGGAUGAGGGCAACCAGACCCUGAUCAAGUACAACCAAGAAGGAGGGGGCGCUGCCAGCACAGCGUCGCCCACUCUGCUCUUGACACCUACGAAUGGUGUGGCUGUGACGGAUGGCUUGAAACAGGCAACCAUGCAGUUCUCUCAGAUGGAUCCAGCGAUGGCCCAGGACAUGGAUACAUACAACAGCUCAGGGCUCACCAUGAUUAACUCUAACAUGACCUCAAUGGGAAUGCAGCAUCAUAAAGACACUCUCAGAGGCGUUGGAGGGCAGGCCAUGUACUCUACAUGGACUACAAACAGGAUGAACACCUACCAGGGCAGCUCGUCGAGGUACCAGCGCUCUUUCAGCCUGAGUUCGGAUCAACACAUUGCAGAUCACAUCAACAGGAGACUGUACAUGAUUGAUGGAAACCAUGUACAACGCCCAGAGUACCAACCCUAUGUGUAUGCCUAUGAGGGACAGGGAAGCAUAUGCGAGUCCCUGGAUAAGCUGUCACUCAGCAACCUGGGAGAUGAUUUGCAGUUUCUGAAUGAUUUGGAGCCAAAGUUCAAGACCUUGGGAGGCAUCUGUCACCAGAAUAUUCAAGAAAAAAACAUGCAGCUUUGAGGGGGACAGCUAGAAUGUGAUUUUUAUUUCAAGUAGGCCGCUCUUUGUUCCUGUUUUGUGAUUGCGAUUAUGGAUUAAUCUGACUGGAUAUGUGGCACAAUUAUAUAACACAAUGGAUGGCUUCUGUACUUGCACAAUAUCCACUAAAAUGUCUUACAUACAGCUUUAUGCAAAAGUUUUGGCACUCCUGGGCAAAUUACAUUACAUUGAUUCAAGUGAAAAGAAGAAAAUGCAACUCCUGCAGUAAAUACACGUUAAAAAAGAUCAGCCCUUCUUCAAAUGAUAACACACAUAACAGUGCAUACACAUAACAGUGCAUUAUCAUUAUUAUUUCCUCAUUCAUUAUUUCAUCAUUCAUUAUUUCAUGACCGUAUCAAAAAUUGACAGUAAUUGUGGCAUGUGAAAACAUUUGGAAAUCCUUCAACUUGUAAAACAAGCAGAACUUAGUGAACUCGUAAAGGCCUAAAUUGACUCUUUACAACUUGAAAGGCAGAUCAAGAAUUAUCCUAAAGGAUUGUUAGCUGAAGAAAUUUCCAGAGCUGAUGAAUUCUGAUUCUUCAAACCUUGAGGUAAUACCCAUAUGGCUGCAAAGGAGCUGCUGGAAGUUUACCUGACACAGGGGUGGGGUUGCGCCAUUCUACAGUGCACAAUGUUUGUACAAACAGUGGCAGCUAGUGCACCAGGAAACACUGCACGGCUGAAGAAAGGAAUGGAUCCCAUGAAAUAUUCUGGAUGCAGAUGUCACGCAGUCAGUUGACACAGUGAAACUGAAAAGAAGCUGGUUAUACAGCAGGAUAAUUAUCCAAAGAAGAGAAGAGUGGCCGUCACAGUUCCCUGACUUGAAUAUCAUUUGAAAAAUCUGAGAGCAGAUCUUACACAUGCUGUGUGUGCAAAACAGAUUAAAAAUAUCUCAGGAGUAAAUUCCUGAAUCAAGAACAGAAAGACUCAAGCUGCAAGACUGCAAGCUGUGAUAUCUGCCAAAGGCAGGGUUACUAAGUACUGAGUUAGUGGGGUACCCAAACUUUUGCUCAUGCCUCAAUUACUGUUUACUGAUUUAUUACUGAUGUUCUGUUUUUUUUUUAAUUAAUGAAUUAAAAAGUAACAGUGCAUUAACAUUUGGAGAAAAGCUAAUGUUUUACUGUCCAUAUGCUACAAAAUACUGAAUUUGCCCAGGGUUGCCCAAAUCGGAAUCCAUCCACGUGUAGCGGCUGUAUGUUGCUUACUUGAAGAUGGAAUUAAUGCACUGCACAAACUGUCACUCUCUGGUGACGGUGAAAUCUAGCAUAUUGGCAGUGACUGGGUGUGUUUGUUUAUUUUGUACUUUGCUGCAACAAGAGUGAUUGCUGCCAAGUCAAGGUGGAGGUUUUGAAAGGAUAUAAUUAUUUUUGAUGCUUUAAACUUUAACUUAACAGAAGAAGAAAACAAGCAACUUCUCCAAGGGCGCCCUUUUGUAAAAGAUCCUUCACAAGUACCUGCAGAAAUUGGACAGUGCUAAUGUAAAUGUAUGUAGCCUGUUGUUUAUGAUCCUUGCUUUGUUUUCUUAUGUGCAUUUUUGCAUCUGUUGUAUUAAAUAUGUAUUCUAAACAAAUUACAUUUGCCAUUACUAAAUGAUAUGUUGGUAGCAAUUUCUGGGGGAGUUAAAAAAAACAUUUUUUUACGUGGGUUGGGGGGGGGUGUUCAUUUGUUGAAGUUAUUAUAAUAAAAUUAUACAAAACUAGCAACAAACUGUACCACUAUGUUCAUAUGUUAAGAUUGUGCAUAUUAUAAGUUGACAGCUUGACAGCAACUAUAAUUACUUAUAUUACUUUUACAUGUACACUAAUAGUCUAUAAUGUAAACACUGUGACAUUAAUUGUAGAAGAUAAAGAGGUUGUAACGGAGGGAGUGGUGACUGGCAGAAAUAUCGCUGGCAUUAUGUCAAAAAGGUAAAAGUUUGACUUGUGUUGACUGUUAUUUCACCCUGCAUAUAAUUCAUGUGAUAAUCCCUCCUAAUGCUGUGUUGUGUACAGUGUAGACAAUUUUUGAACACUGUUUUUUAAAACCAAUGACAGCAGCUGUCUACAGUUUUGUUUGAAGAUGUGCUAUGACCAUUUCAUGUCAUCAACUCCCUGUAUUGCUGCAAAAACAAUAUCAGCCUGUGCAGUUUUAUUUGACACUGUAUGUAUGUUUUCAUGUUUUUGCUUUGUGUCCAUUCCUGGUACAGCAGACGCUGUAAAGCUUGUUUUUCAAAUAGUAAAUGCACUAAGCUAGAUAUGUUCUCAGCAGAGGAGCCAGAGGUUGUUGAGGUGUGGCGCAGACUCAUAUAGCUUAUAUGCAAAUAUGAACCUGUGACCUUGCCUGACAUGCGCGCAUAACCCGAAAAUUAUCUGAAUAUACUGAUAUAUCACGUCAUUUUUUACCUGCAUAAACACACAAAACCAUGAAACACAAACACAGUAAAAACAAAAUAAGACAAUUCAAGGCAUUAAAAGUGCCGGUAUUUCAUGCUACAGCAGGGAAUAGGAAAUAAAAACAAUUAAAAAAAAGGGCUGAUGAACACCAAAAGACACAAGGGAGCAUGACAGUAAUUCAAAGUAAUAGAAAGUCAUGUUUUUAGUUGAAUUUUGUGAAUGCCAAAGUGCACUUCUUAAUUGCCCACGACAUCAGCAGCUAGAUUUAUCAGUUCCUCGACAUGACAAACAGGUUUUUAAUCGCCUACACAACUACGCUUCACAUCAUUUUUCCUGAGAAGUCAAUUCAUCAGGGCUGCUGGUAAAAAGCUUCAUAGCUGCCUCGCUUGAGUGCAAAGACUUGCGAAAGCGUAUGCCUUAUCUUCCCAUUCUAUAGAAGAUAGGUUUCUUAAGCGAGCCAGUGUUGAGCCAUUAGAUUGUUCUAAUUCUACUGUCCUCAGGUGGGGCCUGCAAUGCAAUUCUAGUUACCAAAGCUAUUAUCUUUUCUGCUGUGAACUGCUUAAGUUGUAACAGAGGUGCUAUAAUGACAAAGACAAAGCACACAAUCAAAGGGAGGAAAUACUUAAUGAAUCAGAUUAGGUUGAUGAACUGAAGAUAAGAAAUAUGUGCAAGCAUGACAAUGAUGAACACCAAAAGACACGAGGGAGCAUUAAGUGAUUCAAAGUAGCUUUAAGUCUACUGUUAAAUUAUCAUCAAUGAAACAAAGUUUGAGUUGAUUUUUUCUAAAAAUGAGCUAACGGAGGAUAAAAAGUCUUAACAUUUGAAGUUUUGUUCACAAUAUUUGAUCAUGAACCCAAUAUUUUUUUGCUCUUUGUCUAAUAAAGAAUGUGCUUUGCCCAACUGCACGCAAUAAUCCAUAUUUCACUGCAUAUCUUAUUUUUGAAUUGCUAAAUUUAACAUGUGUUAUUUCUAAUUGGAUCCCAAUAAUGGGCCAAAAUAAUUUGUGUGUAAGUCAGUGACGGAAAAAAAGUUUGUAAGGAGUUGCUGUUUGAAAGGAGUUACAAAGUGGGCCUCACAAUUCUGCCAGAUCUGAUUAUUCCAGUAAACUGAUUACUAAAGUCUGCCCAAGGUUAUUUGUUUAUCCA